AUGCCGACUAGAAGACAACCGUCACCCAACACGCACGAGCAGCCGAACCCCAAACGGCAGAAAAGUGAGCCUUCUCACCCUCUCUCAAUACGAGCCUACGGCACCAUGGCCUCCCAAGAGGGCUCAAACCAGGUCAUCAUUGAGUUGACCGAAAGCGAGACUCAACUGCGUGACCUCCUUCUGGGGGUAGCCGCCUAUAUUGAUGAGACGCCUGUCGCUGAAGAGGGCGCUACCGGAGUCCAAGUACCGGGUGAGCUCACCAAGGAGAAGACCGUCUUGCGCUGGACUGGCGGCUGGGUCCGAGACAAGUUGCUCGGCGUCAGGAGCCAUGACAUCGACGUCGCCAUCAAUAAGAUGACUGGCGAGCACUUCGGGAUCAAGAUGCUGGAGUACCUCAAGAUACCAGGCAACAUCGAGAAGUACGGCAUCGAGCAGCAGGAGGGAACGAGGAUCAUGACCGGACUGCACAAGAUCAAGGCCAACCCCGCGGCGUCCAAGAACCUGGAGACUGCUACCAUCAGGAUCAUGGGUAUCGACCUCGAUCUCGUCAACCUUAGGAAGGAGACCUACAACGAAAACAGUCGAAACCCACAGAUGGAGUUUGGAACUGCCGAAGAAGACGCCCUACGUCGAGACGCCACAGUGAACGCCAUGUUUUAUAAUUUGCACACCAUGGAGAUCGAGGACUUUACUGGCCGCGGAUUCGAGGAUAUGGCGGCGAAGAUCAUCCGAACCCCUCUAGAGCCGUACCAGACCUUCAUAGACGAUCCGCUUCGCGUCCUCCGUUUGAUCCGAUUUGCCAGCCGGCUGGAGUACACCAUCGAGCCAGAGACAGAAACCGCAAUGGGGAACAAAGAUAUCCAGAAAGCCUUGAGAGUCAAGAUCAAGCGGGAGCGGAUCGGCGAUGAGCUAGAGAAGAUGUUGAAGGGCCCUGAUCCUCAUAGGGCCCUCCGCCUCAUCGACAAGUUCGGCCUCUACGAGACCAUCUUCACGGAUCCCACCAGGGACUUCGAGUACCAACCCGAAACAAAGUACUUUGCGCCAGCGUACGAUUUUGCCAACGAGGUUGUCCAAAACACAAGCCAGUUUAUACCUCCAGUCAUCCCUCAAACACUCAUUCGGAACUCGGACGAGCGGUACUUUGCCUGGAUCUGCGCCGCUGUGAUGCCCUGGGCCGAUGCCCCGAAAGUCCCGCACAAGAAACGAGCAAAGAAUCCAUUUCACGCUGCUUAUCUCGUCGCUCAGGAAGGCUUCAAGGCUCCUAAUAGGGUCUCUGAAGUCAUUGUCGCCUCUAUGGAGAACAGCGAAGAUAUUAUGAAGCUAGUAGAACAGUGCUGGAAGGAAAUCUCACAUUCCAAGACCGAACCGAACCUCCAGAAAGACGCUUCAGCAAGGGACACCCUAGGCAUGGCCAUACGACGUUGGGGUUCAACCUGGAGGAUGCAACUCUUCUUCUCUCUCGUUUACGAGAUCGCGCUAGGGAGAGUGUCAAGAGACUGGGUUCUACGCCUAUACUCCGUCUUCCUGGAGACUUUGACCAAGGAAAACCUGCUCGAAGCCGACAAGUUCAAGCCUCUGAUUAAUGGCAAGGAGCUGGCUGAAGCCUUAGGCACCAAACCCGGGCCGUGGAUGAAGGGCGCCCUCGACGUGGUGAUGGCGUGGCAGCUGCGCAACCCGGAGAUCACCAACCCUGCCCUGGCGAUUGAAGCAGUCAAGAAGAGCGCCGACAAGACCACCAGUACGCUUGCCCCUCAUCUCGCAUCGCAUUUUCUUCGGCUUACGAUUCCACAAAUGUUUGCGCAGACUAAACGGCCCGCGAACGCGAUGGCAACCGAAGGCAAGAGAUGGAAAGAACCAGGCAAUGAGUAUGCCACAGACUUGCUGAAGUAUGUUCUGUGUAACACAGAACCAGAAGAGAUUCCGAGAAAUUUCAUGUUGCUGCGCCAGCCAAUUCUCCAGAUGAUGGACGACACGGACCUGGAAUGGAAAGCGAGAGCCUGCGAAUUGAUCACAUUACUCAUCAAAUCUGCUCCGCCAGACUACGUCGUUCAGCGCGGUUACGACCUUCUUUUCUCGGAAGAAUUGUGGCAAUUCUUCACUUACAUACCUUCUUUGACUCCGCAAUUCGAAUCAGUCAGGCUUCUCGAACAUGUAUAUCCGGCUCUCCUAUCCCUAAUUCGCAUUAGGGGAACUCUGGACGAAAACCUCCUCGAUAGAAUCGUACGCGAAGGCGUCGUCGCUCCUCUGUUCCAUUUAACAAAUCCAAUGGCAUAUCCCGAGCUCACCACUCUCAUCGUGUCCCAACUCGUCUUCCUCCUCCACGGGUUGAGAAUCCAGGCGGUUAAGCACCUGCAGCUCUUGCGUCCUCUUCUUGGCAAUAUCCUCGACGACCCCCUGGCUCCCGCAUAUCCUCCGCUAUUGGUAGCUACUGCGAAGGCUACCCAAAGCGCUAUCAGUAAUUGUUGGCCGCUCAUCAAAGAGGGCGAAGCCAUGCAAAUGUAUGCGUGGGUCUACAAAGCUUGGUCAAAUGUCCGCGGUUAUACGCACACUGAUCCUAGGGCAUUGGACGAGGCGAUGAGCGAGCUGAAACACUUGAUGUGGCUGGUGGAUGAAUUGCUCAUGUCGCUCCCGGUGGCCGAGCCCUUUUGGAACAAGGAGAAGAGGAGGCUUUUGAAGGAGCAACCGCAGUCCAAGGAACUGUUUGAGAAGUGCAAGCUGCCCACGAACGGGCCGGACGUUUCGACAACGGAAACGUCGAGGGACAAUUAA